AUGAUACAGUUUGCCACAAGCCGUCCGCAUCAGCUCACGUCAAUAGCGCUGGUUAAUAUCCGCCAGGAGAAGAAGGAACCUCUGAGAACUUUCUUGGAGAGGUUCGGAAAGAUGACAUUAUCUAUUCGCGAUUUGGACCCAGCUGUGGCAAUGCAUCACUUAACCACAGUGUUACGACCUGGGCCAUUCGUCAAUAGCUUGUGUAAAAAGCCACCCCGAGACCUUGAUGACCUGAGGCAAAGAGCCAUAAAAUACAUGCAGAUGGAGGAACUGGCUGAGUUUCGAAGUCAAAACCGACUCGACUUGUUUCUCACCAAAAAAGAAAACGACAAGGAGCUUCCCAGGCCCUGUCCCCGAGACACAACUGGUCGUGAGAAGAAUAACAGAGGUCCAAGGUAUAUGCAAUACACGCCACUUAACACCAGCAGGGCCAAGGUGUUAGAGCAAGCUUUGGCCAUGGAAGUACUAGUUGUUCCUCGAAGAGCUAUGACCCCGCCCCGCGCCGAUAAGACUAAAGCAUGUCAGUUCCAUCGAAAUAGGGGGCAUACUACUGAAGAGUGCUCUGCCUUUCGGGAUCGUAUCGAAGAUCUCGUUAAGGCCGGCCACCUUCAAAACUUCAUUCGGACGACAGACAACCGAAGGAACGACUACCUCCCUGGAAGAGGGGAGUACAGAAGGGACAACCGAGAUCGGGCACCUCUGAGGAACCGAUCCCGUGAGCGCAACAGGUCCCAAGAUAGAAAUGACCAGCGAGAACGUAAUCAGCCCCAGCGAAUGAUAAACACCAUUGCCGGAGGCUUCGCAGGAGGAGGAAGCUCAUCUUCAGCCUGGAAGAGACACUUGAGGGCCAUCAAGUCGGUAAACGCUAUAGGACGGGCAUCCCCCAUUCGUAUUCCCCCUAUAACGUUCACUGACCAAGAUUUUCAAGGCAUUGACCCGGUGCAAGAUGAUCCCAUGGUCAUCAGCGUAGAGAUCAAUAAUUGCAUCGUGAAGAAGACUCUGGUCGAUCAGGGUAGUUCGGCGGACAUCUUGUACUGGAAGACGUUCGAGCAACUGGGCAUUCCGGAACAAGAAUUGACGCCUUACGAUGAACCUUUGGUGGGGUUUUCGGGUGAACGGGUGGACACUCGAGGGAUGAUAGACCUGUAUACCUACUUCGGGGAUGACCAGCGUAGGCAAAUCAAGGUACACUAUGUGGUUGUGCAUGCCAAUACCUCGUACAACAUUCUAUUGGGCAGACCCUCUCUGAACAAGCUCCGAGCCAUCGUAUCCACCCCACAUUUGGCCAUGAAGUUUCCAUCAGAGGAAGGGACCGUUAUCACCGUGCAUGCCGAUCAGAAAACAGCACGUGAAUGUUACUUCGCCAAUUUGAAAGUAAAACCAACUCCAAAGCCAAGACGAGAUGUCAACGUUAUCGGCGAUUCUGGCCAACAGAAGUUAGCUGAAGGCCUAGAACUUGAUCCAAGGAUGGAUGAUGAAGAUAGGGUCGAACCUAUUGAAACAACGGUUCUGUUCCAACUUGGAAGGAAUGAAGACCAAGUCACUUUUUUGAGUUCUCAACUAUCUGAAGUAGAGGCUAAGGAUAUUAAGCAAGUCCUAUGA